GGCCCGAGCCGAGCGGCCCGUACAAAGCAGCGGCCGCUUCCCGUUCGCCAGCCCGGCCGGGGGCGGCUCCCAGCGGCGCUGUCGCUGCUGUCCGGCGGCGAGAGGAGUUGAAGACAGAUGGUGGAGUCUGCCUGGGGAAGAUGUCAUCUUUAACAAUGAAAGCCUGUUGUCUGGACAAAAGAGGAAGUUUCUUUAAGCUCAUUGACACAAUUGCCUCAGAAAUCGGAGAACUGAAACAGGAGAUGGUACAGACAGAUCUCACAGUGGAAGAUGAAUCAGCUGAUUUGCAAAGUCUAAUAAAGAAUAUGGAUAAUGUCUCUGAGAAAAAUGAUGUAAAAACCUGCCCCCGGGACUCUGGAUAUGACAGCCUAUCCAACAAGCUAAGCAUAUUGGACAAGCUCCUCCAUACUCAUCCUGUGUGGCUGCAGCUUGGCCUGAAUGAUGCUGAAGCCAUGGAAAUUCUGCAGGCCCAACCUCCUGGGAUAUUUCUGGUUAGGAAAUCUGCAAGAUUACAGAAGAAAGUCAUCUCUCUGCGUCUGUCCAGUGACUGUGGGCCUUACCUAAAAGAAUUUGCAAUAAAAGAAAGCACAUACACGUUUUCCUUGGAGGGGUCUGGAAUAAGUUUUGCUGAUUUAUUCAGGCUGAUUGCUUUCUACUGUAUUAGCAGGGAUGUCCUUCCAUUCACCCUGAAGUUGCCUCAUGCUAUUGCUGCAGCAAAGACAGAAGCGGAACUUGAAGAGAUUGCUCAGCUUGGACUGAACUUUUGGAGCUCCCUGGCUAACAGCAACCCCCUGGAUCCUACACCUCCCCGCAGGCCUGUGCCUUUGGACAGUGCUUGUAAAGACUCGCGUCAGCUCUGCCUUAUAAAUGGAGUGCAUUCUAUACGAACCCGAACGCCUUCAGAGCUGGAGUGCAGCCAGACCAACGGAGCACUGUGUUUCAUUAAUCCCCUCUUCUUAAAAGUGCACAGCCAGGAUGUCAGUGGAAGUCUGAAGAGGCAGAGCCCAAGAAUUCAAGACGUGAAUGGCACAGUGAGGCCUCGCUCUCCCCCACCCCGGCCGCCACCUCCUUCUAUUAAUAGCAUUCUCACGAGUCCGCAGCUUUCCAGGACUAUAAAGCAGGCAAGCAUGCCAGAAACGGCCAACCAUAAGAAAGAGAGAGGCUUGGAUUUACUGCAGAGUAAACCAACCCCUAUUCCGCCACCUCGGCUGAAGAAGCAGGCUGUCUGCUCAGAGGUAGGCAGCUCAAAGUCUGCAGCAGUGAUUCAGCCUGGCUGUGGCUCAGUGCCUGUGCCUGAAGCUUCUGGCAUCUCAGGUGAAAACCUGCCUGAGCUGGCUCCAGCAGCUGCCCCGAAGACGGUAGCUACCAGCUCUGAGUCACACAUCCCAUGGAGUGGAGGCAGGCAGAGGCUGAGCGACAUGAGCAUUUCCACCUCCUCGUCUGACUCGCUGGACUUCGAUCGGAGCAUGCCGCUGUUUGGUUAUGAUGGGGACACAAAUAGCAGCCUGGAGGAUUUUGAGGGGGAAAGUGACCAAGAGAGCAUGGCACCCCCUCUGAAGCCCAAGAAAAAAAGAAACAGUUCAUUUGUUCUCCCCAAGAUUGUGAAAUCUCAGCUACGCAAAGUCAGUGGAGUUUUCAGUUCCUUCAUGACCCCUGAAAAGAGGAUGAUUAAGAAAAUUGCAGAGAUGUCCCAGGACAAACGCACUUAUUUUGGAUGCCUGGUGCAGGACUAUGUCAGCUUUCUGCAGGAAAACAAGGAGUGCCAUGUUUCAAGCACCGAUAUGCUGCAAACAAUUCGGCAGUUCAUGACCCAGGUCAAGAACUAUUUGUCCCAAAGUUCCGAACUUGAUCCCCCAAUCGAAUCGCUGAUUCCAGAGGACCAAAUAGAUGUUGUCCUGGAGAAGGCCAUGCAUAAGUGCAUUCUGAAGCCAUUGAAGGGCCAUAUUGAAGCAAUGUUGAAAGAGUUUCAUACAGCGGAUGGUUCUUGGAAGCAGCUAAAGGAAAACCUGCAGUUGGUGCGGCAGAGGAAUCCUCAGGAACUGGGUGUGUUUGUUCCAACGCCAGACUUUGUGGACAUUGAAAAGAUUAAAGUCAAGUUCAUGACCAUGCAGAAAAUGUAUUCACCUGAAAAAAAAGUCAUGCUGCUGCUGCGAGUUUGCAAAUUGAUUUACACUGUUAUGGAGAAUAACUCAGGGAGGCUGUAUGGAGCUGAUGAUUUCUUGCCUGUGUUGACGUAUGUACUAGCCCAAUGUGAUAUGCUGGAACUAGAUACUGAAAUUGAAUACAUGAUGGAAUUGCUGGAUCCAUCUCUGCUGCAUGGAGAAGGAGGCUAUUAUUUGACAAGUGCUUAUGGAGCACUUUCACUGAUCAAGAACUUCCAGGAAGAGCAAGCUGCCCAACUGCUAAGUUCAGAAGCCAGAGAUACUCUUCGGCAAUGGCACAAGAGGAGGACAACUAACAGGACGAUACCUUCAGUUGAUGAUUUUCAGAAUAGGGCAGUAACUUCAACUGAAGAAUAACAAAACAGUUGGGAUUGCUUCAUCUCUUAAAACCAGGCCUGCAUGUCUUUCAUUAGUAUGAUGUUGACUGUCUGUUCAGAUGCACCAGCUUGUGGACUGAAGCAAGGAGGAUGUUGGAAUCAAGAAGAAAGGAUAUACACUUUUGUGUUCAAUUGUUUACAAUUCAUACCACAGGGCAAAGUUGACAGAGGCUAAUGACAACCAUCAAUUAGAUAUGAUGUAGUUAAAAGCUUGAAAAAUGAGGGUGUGCGGUCAUCAGCAGAUUAUGAAGCUUUUCAGUUGAUGCUCAUUCUGAUUUAUCAGUGUCCAUACAAGGAACUACAGCACAACACUGAACAGGAACGAGCUGGGAGAAGAAGCAGUUUCAGCAGUUUGCCUCUCUUAGGAAGAGGAGAACUGAUUAUCAGAAAUUCCAGACUAUGGCCAGUGCACAAAGCUAGUCUGUCUUACUGUGAUCCAUUUUAUAUUGUGCUUCCUGGUAGCUAGGUGUCAGAUUCAAGUAGCUUGAGUCUUUGCUCUUUGUAGCAAAACACUACACUUCUUCUGGCAAAACUCAUCACCUUGUAUUUCUGCUGGAUAACUAAAUGUCGGAAGAUUCUUUCAGCAGGAUCUUGUAUUCCAUUUCACCUUCUCUUCCUCAGCAAAUGAACUUCUGCCAAACUAACUCUGAACAGCUGGAUAUGGGAAGAUGCAGGGGGGCAUGGGAAGAGCUGGCACCAAGUAUGUCCAGUGCUUCUCCUUAUGUCUCUUUAAAAGAGAGCCUUCAAUCAGUAAGAUCACACCACUUCCAGGAUAUGCUUGGCACAAAUUCAAACAUUUUGCUUACUGCUCAGAGUGACAGUUUUCCACCUGCUUUCUCCACAUACGGCAGUCCUGAAAUGAAGCACCUUCCCUACAACCAGCACGUGACACAACUUCAGUUCAACUUGUCUUUCCUACUUUGCACCAGGAUGUGAUCACUACAUUUCUGUGAUGCAGUCUCACAGCCUUACCAGGUUUGGAGCCCUGGAAGGCCUUCAUCCUCCCUCCCUCAAAAGGAUGGAAAAGCAAAAAACCCCAUAUUUUGAUGAUAAUUAAAUACAACUUCCUGAUACUGCAGAAAUUUGAUACUUGGAAUAUGAGUUACAGGCAUUUUUGCAAACUUCAUCCACUCUUCGAUGCAGUCUUGUCCAUCUAAAAGCACAUGCAUUUAAAACCAGCUCUUCAGUGUGUUAGCUACAUUAGAAAUUAAAAUUGUAGUGUGUCUUGUCUUGUCUAGGCUUGAUGUUUUUAAUAAUUUCUUCACACAGAGUAACAAAAAUGGAUUACUUCUGUUCAGUCAGGCUCAGUCCCACCGGUUUAAAUGCUUCAGUGUUUGCCCCCAAGCUAUCAAAAAACCCCACAGAAACCAACUUUAUUAAAGAGUAAUCUUUGGAAUUUAAGUCAUAUGAACAUUCUUCUCAAUCUUAGCUUUUAACAGCUUGUUUUUAUGAAAUGUGAAUUUUUACCAUUGUGAUUUAGCAUGUUUAAUUUAUUCAGCACACAAACAUAGGUACCAGCUCAGUCAGUAGGCAGCUCUUUCUGUCUUUUUUUCCCCACCUUCUUUCAUUUUACUGCUUUUUAAUCUUCCUUUGCAGUUAAUCUCUUUUAAAGAAAAGCACAUGACAGAAAGAUGCCUUGUUCAUGUGUCCAAAAGGUGUUUGGGUUUUUUUUGGUUUUUUGGUUUGUUUUUCCAGUUGUUGCUUUUGAUUUUACUUUUGAAAUGCUCUUUUAAAAGUACAACUGCAUUUCCUUGUAGGGCAUAUUUAGAAUUUGUCCAUGUUAUCAGCUGGGGUCAUGUGGGUCAAUUCCAACAAAGAAAAAAGAUCCAGCUUCUGCCUCAAGAUCAGAUGCAUUUAUCCUAAUGUUGAAGAGUUAAUUUUCUUUCUGUAUGUCUCUGUGCCUUACUUCUAAAAAAGAAAAUGCUGUGACAUGAAACUUGGUUACAUGAAGUUUACACAGCAAAUUGCCACUUGUUAACAUGAUGAAAAUGUCCCACAUGAGGAUGGAUUACAUUUUGCAAGCUGCAGCAUAAGAGCACAGUUUAUCAUGCAGUAGCUUGUGGAUCAAAACCCUUGUGUGCUGCUGACAGAGGUUUUUGUUUUUUUUCUUCUUCUUCCUUCUCACUUACUGUGUGAAUCUUCUGUUCCGAAGCAUUAACCAGCAGCAGCAGCCUUAUCUCUUGGGUGUGCUGCCUCAGACAUUUAUUUUGAUUGACAGUGGUUUGUUUCCUCGUAAGGCCAAACAUCAAGUCACACUAAAAGCAUGGGUCUGUUCCAUGUGGCUUUAAGAUUGUGUCUGUUCAUUCUUCAUUGUAGAGUUAGAAGGUAAGCCAAGGAAAGGAGAGUGUCAGCUUAGGAAUUUCUCUUAUGCCCAAUACAGACUUGCCACAGUUUUACCCCCACCCUCACAAUUCAUGGGGUGGCUGUAAUGUGCAGGAAUCACUGAUGUGUGUUUCCCACCUAGAACAUGGAGAAAUUUGCUGUUUGUUGCUGACUCCUCAGCUUUCAGAAGAUGAGUUUUGGUUUUUUGAAUUUGAUAUCUGUUUUCUCAUUCUACAGAACUACCUUCGUGUUGCAUUCCAGGAAGUUAACAGUGGCUGUACAGGAAAGACCUUGCUAGUAAGACCAUACAUCACUACUGAAGAUGUAUGUCAGCUUUGUGCUGAAAAGUUUAAAGUGGA